UCAAGCAAGCAACUGGAGUAACUCAAAAGCGGGUCUAGAGGAAGAGACACAACUAAUGGAGGCGGAGAGCGGCGGCGAUACUGGUAAAACCCGCAUCGCCACCUACUGGUAUUGGGCCGUAACAAGCGCAACCCAGUUCGGAUGGGCAGUUUCUUCAUGUCGAGAAGGUUAUUCCGGCGACCACCGCUUGAUGCCCGUCAAAGCCUUCGGCGUCGCUUCUCUGUUCCUCGGCGCCUCCGCCACUGUAUCCAUCGCUUUCCUGAAAGCCUCCGGAAUUCACAACGUAAUAAUAUAUUUGGUCGAAGAUCUGAUGGAUGUGGGUGCGAGUAUCAGAACUGGACUUGGAAUUCGUCCUAGGGCAGGGGAUAAGGGCUCAACAAGUUUUCAAACACUCGAGGAUCGUAUGCAUAGUAGCAGCAUAUGCUUGUAUCCUGCCCCAUGAUUUAAAAAGAGAGGUAGGAUACAUUUAUCCUACAUGGGCAAGAAAAGUAAAGGUAUUAAGACUGUAUAAA